AACUCAAAUGUUUAGUUGAACGAAACAUAUUGUGCAGUUCGGAGGUGUGCCCAGCUUUGACCAAAAAAUCGCAGACUGCAGAGUGCAUUUGCGGUGAUAGAGGAUAGUCGGUAUCAUUUUUGUGUUUGUAACGUUUGUUAACGUUGUGUGUCCGAAGAAGUGACCAAGUGAACAGUUCGAGGGUACCCAAAUCGAAUAAACUUGAUCUUAAGGAAGCCGAUCGGAAGAAGGAAAACUGGUCCUGUUGGUAGCGUCUUCGCUGCGGUUCAUUUACAAGCGUUGAAACGGUGAUCUCGCUUCGCAAUGAAACUUCUUCGGACCGCCAUUAUAGCUACGGUACUGGUUACGACAUUAGCGUUCCCAACCCCUCAAGAAAACUCGGAACUUGACAGCAGUAGUGGAUCGCUAGAGGCAGUAAAACCGGCCAUCAAGCGAGUAACCAAAGUGGAAGCAGAACCGGUUAAGCAAAUCGAAGAAAACAAUGAGUCGACUAAAAAGAUCGCCGUCGAUGUCGCAGUUCCGCUAGUUGAAAAACCGACUCUAUUGAAGGUUAAGGAAACCGCAGAGACACCUUCCAAAGUUGUCAAAACGGACGAACUGGAAAAAGCGGAUGAAAUACCUAAAGAGACAGUGCAAGCUGAUGAAAAGAAAAUAGAGACCAUUCCUGAAGUUCAGGUUGCUGCCGAGAAGGAUGAUGUUGUGGCGGUUGUGAAAGCGACAAUUGAGAAUCUACCAGAAACAGACAGCAGUGUAAAACAACCGGAGAAGAUUAAAACCAAGGUAGAAGUGGAGCCAACACAAAAUAAAUUCGAACCUGAAAUAACCAUUGCUAAGGAGGAAGCUGAUGCUCCCACGUCUGUAGAUACUAGUUCAAGUGACGUACCAGCCGAUGACGAAAUCUUAAAACCGGUACCAAUAAUUUCUUUUACCGAGGCUCUGAAGGAAUACGAAACCGCCCUUGCCAAAAAAAAGAUUUUAGAGAAGACAGAAGAGCUUAAACCGGUUGCUACAAGUGAUCUCAAGGAGGUAAAAGAAACUGAACCAGAAAAAACUGAAGCAGAUCUCGAGUCUCUACCCAAAGACAAAGUAGAGAUCGAAUCGGAACAAGCCAUGAAAAAAAUUCCAGUAGCCGUUGUUCAAGACGCUGCAAAACCAGAAGAUGCUAAGAUCGAGACCCCGGUAUCAUCGAUUAAAAUCUCAGAAGAAACCAAGUCGGAAGAUAUCGUAAAAGAGUUACCAUCCGUACUGCAAAGCACAAAGCCUUCAAAAGCUCAAGCAGCUGAGGCAUCACCAGUCAAAUUAACAGGACCGACACAAGCUUUGAAGACAGAACCAGAAGUAUUAGAACCCGCUGUGAAACCAGUGGUCCCUGUAAAAGCUCAAGUAUCUGAGGCAUCACCAGUCAAAUUAACAGGACCGACACAAGCUUCGAAAAAGGAACCAGAAGUAUUAGAACCCGCUGUAAAACCAGUUGUUCCAAUGAAAGCUCCAGCAGCAACACCAGUCAAGUUAACAGGACCGACACAUGCCUUGAAGACAGAACCUGAAGUAUUAAAACCUGCUGUGAAACCAGUUGCUGUGGUUGUUCCAUCAGUUGUUGAGUCUCAGGAUUCCGCUAAACCCGCUAAUGAUGAAACCAAAUUGUUUAUCGUAGAAGCUACACAAGCCGAAACCGUUGAAGACCUACCCAAACCAGCUGAGCCGGCAACAAUUCUUGAAAGUGAACCGCAGACUAAACCAAAAGUCGAAGCUGUAGCUGAUGAGAAACCCGAUUUGGCAACUGCGGAGGUUACUGCUGAAAAGGUAGAACCCGAGGCACCAGCUUCCGUCAAAGUUGUAAAAGAAACCGAGGUGAAACUUACCGAAGUGGUGAAAGAUGAACCGGUUGUUGAAGAACAGGGGAGUUCAACUAAAACAACAACGAAUGGUAAAGUUGUUAAGAAGGGCACUGAAGAUAAAGUUGACGGUGACAGUUCAGCCGCUAAGUCUUCCGAAGAACUGAAAGAUGAAAAAGAAAAAGUAUCCGAUCCGAGCGCCGACGAAUCGGCUCCUGCUCCCGCUAAACUUGAAAGCAAAAACAAGGGAAAGAAGAAGUUGCCAGGUUCGAACAAAAAACAAAAUACAAUGUAAAUGAGAAGAAUUGAUGUAAUUAUAUUUAGAAUUGAAAGUUAGCAUGCAUUAAUAUUCGAGGAUAUCGGAAGCGACUACAGGUGCAGCAGAAGGAGUAAAACUCAUCCGAAGGAUAUUCUGCAGCAGACUUCGAAUACCACCAAUGAAGCGUGCGGUUAAUUCACUCAUCGACAGAACUAGUGUUAAAUAUUCUGCAGUCGUUAUCGAGACUCAUUGUUUAAAACGUAUGAGAUUAAGCCCCAUAAAUGCAUUUGGAUUAGUUCUUCACAAACUCUCUGAUUACUUCCGGUUAAUUAUCAGCCCGUUUGUUUUAAACUAAUUCGAUCCACAGUAAAGUAUUACGCUUAAGCUACAACAAACGUAUCGAAUAAAAUAUUUAAAACCUAGAA